UCCCCUCCGGCCCUCCCCUCACACAGAGCUCAAACAAAAUACCCACGCGCAAACACACACACACACACACACACACACACACACGCCAUGGCGACCUUGCUGUCGAUCCACGAGAAGGCCACCGCCGUCGUCGACCUUUACGUGCCCAUCCGUCACUCCGCCCACGCGGAGCGCGACGCGGCCACCGCCGACGACGACCUCCGCGCCGUGCGCGACCUCCGCGCCGCAGCGGUCGAGAGCCCCUCCCUCCAGGGCCCGCUCUCCCUCGACCAGCGCCGCGACGCGCUCCUGGCGUACGCCCGCGCGCUCGCCGUCGUGGCAUCUCGCUUCCUCAUCUCCCCCGACCGCGAGCACGUCCGGACCUUCUCCUUCACCUGGCACGACGCCUUCAACAUGAACCAGAAGGUGUGCCUGCCCUCUGUUCAUCUCGAGAGGGCCGCCGUGCUCUUCAACCUCGGCGCCGUCUACUCGCAGAUCGCGCUCGCUGCAGAUCUCAACACCGACAUCGGGAUCAAGAGCGCGUGCGGCGCGUUCGAGAGCGCCGCGGGAGCGUUCGCGGAGAGUGGGCUCGCUGCUAAGGCCGUCGCCGCCGGGGCCAUCACCGUCGAUGUGACGCCCGAGUGCACGGGCAUGUUGGAGAAGCUCAUGCUGGGGCAGGCGCAAGAGUGCUUGCUGGAGAAGUUCAUAGCUGGGGGGAAACCGCCCGAGCUAUGCUCCAAGGUGGCCCGCCAGUUGGGCAUAUUCUAUGAAGAAGCUUACCGAGCUCUAUGUGCACCUCCUCUUAGUCAGCACUUUGACAAGACAUGGAUUUCUCAUAUCCAGAUGAAGGCUGCUCAAUUCCAUGCAGAUGCAUGCUAUAGGUGUUCACUGGAUCUGCAUCAGGCAGAGGAAAUUUCUGAAGAAAUUGUGCGCCUACAGAUUGGAAUGAACGCCUUGGCUGAUGCCAAGAAAACAGCUAAGGGAGUUGCUGCCCCACUUUUGCAUUCUGUGUAUAAGCUGGAGAGUAACAUGAAAACCAACUUGGAGAGGGCCAUGAAGGAGAACAAUAGUAUGUAUCUGUUGCAGAUUCCAGAUGUGGGUUCUUUGGGAGCUCUCCCUGCAGCUUGUCUUGUCAAAUCCACUUCUCUGGCUGUAGCUCUAGGUGCUAGCGAACAGAGGCCGUUUUCACCACUUGUGCCUGAAGGCAGCAUGUGCGAUGCAGAGAAGCUCCAGCAGUCUAGUGAGAUCUCUGGAGUUAGGCUAAAGGAAAUGGAUCCAUCUGGUGUUCUUCCAUCACUGGAAGGCAAUGUCAGCUUAUCUGUAGAUCUGAAAGCAGGUGGUGAGGAGAACUAGGCUGUAGCCUAGUGGCAAGGGAGCGCAGUGGCGUCUCCAGCAACCAGGGUUCGAGCCACGUCGGGGACGAAUUUCUGGUUUCUCACAAGGGAUGCUUUCUCCUAUAUCAAUAAACCAUGGGUGCUAGUGCCCAUGAGUUUCAUCUGAAAGCAGGUGGUGAGGCUGUACAGAUAAGGGGUAGUCCUUCUGGCCUGGAAGCCGAAAUGCAGCUUAGGGAUUUGAAUAGGGUCAGUGAAGACUUGCUUGUUCAGACUGAGGAGGUGCUACAGAAGGAGGCAUGUCAAGAUGCUCAAUUUUGGACGCAAGUUGGUGCCUUAUCUACAGAUGAUUACAUGUGCAGGCUGAUUCAAUUGGCAUCCCCAUUAGUGCCCUCAUCCAUAUUGGAUGUACCUAAUGAUAUCCUGUUGGUUAUUGCUGACCUUGUUAGCCCCCCCUACCAGCUAGAGAGGAUGCGGCUGGUUUGCAAGGCAUGGAGAAACUUUCUUGAAAGUAGACUGGGGCCUUAUCUUGUCAUCUCCUGUGCAAACCCUACACACCUUGAUCAAGUUCAUCUUCUUCAGCUUCCGGAGGCUCCAGCUGCUGCUGCUGCCAUGGUACCAAUGCUUGCGAGGUCCUUUGAUCCCAUCCUUCCGCCGGUAGGGACAGCUUGUUGGGGUUCUGCUCAAGGUUUGAUUGCGAUGGUACAUGGUGAACCAUAUGAGAGAAUAAUAUUCUUACACUGCAUUCAUUGUGGUGAAAGGAUGCCGCUUCCACCCUAUGCAGCGGAAAUGAUACCGAGGGGUAUUUUCUUUAGAGCUGCUGCUCUCCAUGAUCACCUUGUGAUUUCAUGGGUUCAUCAGAUUGAUCAGCCCCAUCUUUUGAAUGAUGCUAUCGAUUGGAAUGACAUUGAAGCUGGGAAUUAGUGGUUCCCGUGCAUCGGGUAUGAGCCCUUUGGGGCAUCAUCUGUUGCCUUCUUACCCAAUGUGCUCAUGGGCGUCGUUGUAGAACAGGGAUUCAUUGUGCUUGAUGAGGUUGGCAGGCCAGUUCAAGACUUGGAGGCAUUGAUUAUGGUUCAAAUACCACCAGUACACAACUCUCUGGUACCAUGGGAGGAAAACCACAGGCACAUCUUUGUCCGCGAGGGGAGGUUGUACCUCUGCCUUCUCUUUGAUAAAUAUGCUGGUACAGUUCAAGAAUGUAACGCCCUCGAUGCGGCUAUAGCUCCCACGUGUCGAGGCAUGACUUAGAGACAUAACCGCAUUGAAAGCAAUGUCGCAAGUCAGGCAAUCAUUAUAACAUCCCAUGUAAUAUAUAAUAAAAGGGGGAGAUA